GGUGUAGUGACAGUUUUUAUUGAUAACCUAAAUUAUCCAUCAUGACUUGGCUUGGAACGAUCGCUAGCAACGUUCUUCGGAAUAUCGUAUUCCAGGAUAUACCGCCGAACAUAGUUCAAGAAGUCAAGCCUGAAAAUUAUAGUAAUCGACAUAUUGAAUGCCGCGAGGAUGGUAUCGUACUUUAUGGUCCAGGUGAAAAUGAAAAAAAAUAUGAAAUUGUUCUUCAUAGGCCUUGUACAGAAACAUUGCAUCAAGCAUAUAGUCUAUAUAGAUCAGAAGAUAAUGCAGAUAUCGCAACACAUUUUAUUGUGUAUAAGGAUAAGGUUCCAGUACUUGUUCAAAUUUGUCGCGAGAUGUGUAAUGUGAAUAAGAUACAGAAAUUAUGUGAUACUUUGAUGGAACAUCCGACAUGGACACUGGCACAUUUGGCAGCUCAUUUUGCCCUUUAUAAUGCCUUUACCCAUGCUGAUGUAAAUAGUCAGUUGAACAGUGGAGAUACAGAAACAGGGGUAUCUCCUUUGCAAGUUGCGGUGCAAACGAAUAAUCUGCGUACAGUGCAAAUGUUGAUUGAAGCUAAAAGUUCAUUGGAGCAUCUGGAUUAUAGCGCAAAUACCGUCUAUCAUUAUGCAGCCAAAUCUACUAAAGAAAUAAUUUUAGCCCUUGGAGGUGAUCUUCCAAACAGUUUAAAUAGUCGUAACAGUAAUGGACAUACACCGAUGCAUGUCGCUUGUUUGAAUAAUAAGCCCGAAUGCGUUAAAGCUCUUCUUUUAAUUGGAGCGGAUGUGAACAUUCCUGCUGCCGAGGGUGAACCUUCUAGUCCUAGUUACGUAGGAGAUUUCUUGCACAGUAAACCAAAUGUUCUUCAUGCCGAUGACAUGAAAUUUGGCGGUACGCCAUUGCAUUGGUCACUGAGCAGGGAGGUGAUUAAUGCUCUAAUAGAAAGUAAUUGCGAUAUAGAUGCUUUGAAUUUUGACGGUCGUACGGCGUUGCACAUCAUGGCAAUGAGGAAACGAUUAUCAUGCGUAGUGGCUUUGUUAAGUCAUAUGUGUUCUGUAAAUAUCGUCGACAAGGAUGGCAAUACUCCGCUGCAUUUAGCGGUUUCCGAUGGUACAGUGGCAAUAGUGCAAUCGCUGAUCGCUUUCGGAGCAGACAUUGAUGCAAAAAAUUGGAAGUCGGAAACGUCACGGCAUCGUGUGAAUAUCGAUAACAACGAGGGUCAGAAAAUUUUGUAUAUCCUAGAUGCGGUAGGCGCUAAACGUUGUCCACCAGACAUGUCAGAUUGUAACAAAGGCUGCAAGUUCAAUGAAAAUUAUAACGGUCUCGCACCGCAGCAACCACCAAGGGCUGUACCGCGUACAGUGUUGGAUCAAAUGUUACACGUUUCUGGGAUGGACAAGAUGGCUAUGCAAGAAAACCAGAAAAUAAAAGGUGGUCGACUUCUUUGUCUAGAUGGAGGAGGAAUUCGUGGUUUGGUCCUUGUACAAAUGUUAUUGGAGAUCGAGUCGAUCCUGCAGAAACCUAUCGUAGAAUGCUUCGAUUGGAUCGCGGGCACUUCUACAGGUGGAAUCUUGACUCUUGGUCUAGCUGGUGGCAAGUCCUUGCGAGAAUGUCAGGCACUGUAUUUCCGCAUGAAAGAGGAAGCUUUUGUCGGUAAUCGUCCAUACAACAGCGACGGUUUAGAGAAAGUAUUAAAAGAUUGCCUAGGUGUUAAUACGGUGAUGUCGGAUAUCAAGAAACCCAAGAUAAUGAUCACUGCUGUAUUGGCUGAUAGAAAGCCUGUCGACCUUUAUUUGUUUCGUAAUUACGAUGCACCCAGUACACUACUCGAGCAUCCACAGAUCUCGAUGUCUCCCGCUUUGUCACCGAGCGAACAAUUGCUUUGGCAUGCAGCGAGAGCAACCGGGGCAGCUCCAUCGUAUUUUCGAGCGUUCGGCAAAUUUCUGGAUGGUGGAUUGAUAGCGAAUAACCCGACUUUGGAUGCCAUGACUGAAAUCCAUGAAUACAAUCUCGCUUUAAAGGCUUCUGGAUGCGGAGAAAAUGCGGUCCCCUUGUCUCUGGUCGUUUCUCUUGGCACUGGUCUAAUACCUUCUAGUCCAUUGAAAGAUAUCGACAUAUUUCGGCCUGAUAGUUUAUGGGAUACCGCAAAGUUUGCAAUGGGAAUAUCGGUACUCGCGGUACUAUUGGUGGAUCAAGCAACAGCAAGCGACGGAAGGAUCGUUGAUCGUGCCAGAAACUGGUGUUCCAUGAUCGGAGUGCCUUACUACAGAUUUAAUCCUCAACUAUCUCUGGAUAUCGCCAUGGAUGAAAAAAGCGACGAGAUUUUGGCAGAAAUGAUAUGGAGCGCUAAAGCGUUUAUGCAUGCCAAUAGGGAUCAAAUAAAUGAAUUAGCUGCUGUGAUAAAUCGCGAUCUCUAAGUCAGUACAGAUUCGUGAGAGUCAAAUACGUACGAGUUGCUGACUUCUUUGUGAACAUGUACGUAUGCUUGUCUACACCGACUCAAAAGUAUGAAUCUCUCUUUUUCGUCCUCCAUUUCUCUUUUUUUCGUUUUCUGCUUUUUUAAUUAUAUUAUUUGGUUGUUUGUUAAUAUGUUCCGAUGAUUAAGAAUUAUUUAGGAAAUUUUGUAUCGAAGCAAACUUACUACUCGACCCGUGAUAUUUGUAAUCGACGAAGUAGCGCACAAUUUAUUAUUUACUUCUGCUUUCUAUUUCAAUGCAGAAAAAUAGUCUCGAGGUGCACUUCUCAUAUCUAGAUUUAAUUUACUUACACGCGCGCGCGCGCGCGCGCACACACACACACACACACACACAUAUGUAUACAACAUAAAAUAGCGCAUGUGCUCGAUAGGUGAAUAUGUAGGAUUGAUGGCGAUUUUAGCAAUGAUGGUGGUGUAUGAUAGACUGCGGAUGUUUAUGCAUUUUUGUGAAAUUUGAAGAUGCAAAAAUAUGGAGAAUACUCAAAUAUAACACUCAAAUAUAUGUAAAAAUAUCUAAAUUAGAAUUCUCAUUAGGAUACUUAGUAGGUAAGUAGCUUCGUUGUAUCUAUAAAAAUUUGAAUCGGCAUAAAUAUUCGCAGUCUACUAAUAAAUAAUAGAUAGUGAAUUAUACUGUACAUAUAGGCAACACGUAUUUGUUGAUCAAAAUAGACGUUGACAGGAUAUUUAUUCGUUUAUUUAUUUGUUUAUUUUAUCGCAUUAUUGCCAAAAAAAUAAAUAGCAAAGAAAGAAAAAACAGUACUAAGCAGUCUAACAAACUAUCGAUGGAUGCCCACACACUGGCGCGCACGCUCAUCUCGAGCGUAGAAUUACGCGAACGAAUAAAACCAGGGACCAUGAUUGUUGUAACCGAAAUUAAGAAAGUUAUGGUAUAAGAAUUCGUAUCUUAUUCUAAAUGAGUUUGGUCAAGACUAAUUAUUAUUAUAAAUGAUUAAAAUUUUUUUAUUGUUAAGAAAAGAAGGUUCCGUCAUUGAUAAUGGUUAUCGGUAAUAAAAAACAAUCUGCGUUACCAAUAACUGAAAAACGACGAUAUAACGAUUACCUGUAAUCUAAAAUAAUUUCCGUCAUCGAUGAUGAUCAUCGAUAACCAAAAAAAAAAAAAAGUUAAUCAUUUAUAAUAGUUAUUCGUAACUAGAAUACCUAAAAAUUACUGAUUUUAAAUCAUUUACUCUGUUAACAAUUUUUUGUUUAAGUAAAAAUUCAUUUUUUCUGAACGAUAUUUUCCGUAAAAAUGUAAAAAACAACUGUUAUUUUCGGUCCCUGAAUAAAACACAUCGCACGAGAGCGAUUUAUCGAGGACCCAUGUAAUAAGGCGGUUGCGUCAUAGACGCGGAAAUAUACGGAUAGAAAGAAUGGGUCGAAA